AUGGCAGGUCUUGAGACUGCUACCCUCACGAUCAAAACGGUACCACCAGGGGAGUUCUUUCCGACGACACCGCCGGGAUUUCUGAACACAUCGACUUGGGAGCCACUCACGACGCCUUUUACGCCCCCAACCUCCGUCUGCGCCUACAGCUGGCUCAUCAACAUCUCAGGCGACACAAGAACUGUUGUGGAUUAUGCACCCAGUAAGACCUGUUGGCCUGGCGCACAGGAUACGCACAGCCCAGGUACAGUCCUCAGUGACUACCACAUCGUGAACGUAGUCGAUGGAACCGCGAGAUCCAACUACAUGAGCAUAUACUGGAUGGAAUCCGACCUUUCGAAAUUCGACCCCGAGUACGCAGCGACCCUGAAGGGAAAGUUCGGCAUCGGCUUUACACCCUCUGCGACGGUGGCUAUCACAAGCGAGACAGCAUCACCUCCAGCUCGAACUCAACUCACCUCAGCGACAUCAUCAGCGGUCCCAGGUUCUCAAGGUACUUCAGGUGCUAAUAGCUCGGGAUCUGGGCUCGAUACUGGCGCUAAGGCGGGUGUUGGUGUUGGCGUCGCCAUCGCGGCGAUACUGAUGGGUGUUGCUGGGUUUCUGAUGUACAAGAAGCGAGUGCAGAAGCAACGGGCUGUUCAACAGAAGUUCGCGAAGCAAAAUGAGCAGCCGGAGUUUAUCCCGAGGCAGAGGACAUAG